AUCAAGUUGGUUACACUGGACUCAUAAACUGGUCUACUUUUCAAGUGAGCUGGAGAAACGAAAAUGGACGACGCUGUGAGCUCAUGAUCAAGUAUUCGUGCGUCAAAAAUUAAGUUGAACGAUAAAAAAUAUCUCGAAGUUUCGAAAAUUUAUUAUGAAGAUUUAUAUAUUUAUGUAUAAUCUUGUAUCGAUCGUUUCGUUGGUGAUAAGUUUUAAGAAAGAUUUAUUAUUAGCAUCGAAUGUCGAGUCAUGGAUCACAGAUCAAAAUUUUACGAAGAUCAUCAACUUGUCGUUUCCCUUCUCUAAAUGUUGCAACGUUCUUUUAACUGAUUCAACGGAAGAUUUGGAAAUAUUUUUCGGUCGAUUCAGAACCAUCUAUCCUUACGAUUAUUUUUUGAAAAGAAACACGAACGAAUACGAGCAAGAAUGUAACGGGUACCUCUUACUGGGAUCGUGUGACGACGAUAUUAUUGGAAUUAUUAGAAAAAUGCCGUCAUCACUCUGGAACACAGAAAUUCUAAUCAUUGUGGACAAUGAUAUUUCUAUUGACUCUAACAUUCUUGAUAAUUCCAUCUAUGGAAUUGCAAGUGUAAAUAUUAUUUCUAUGUCGGGUAUAUGGAAAUUAUCCGACAAUUACUUGAAACCCCGAGUAUUUGCCAAACUUGAUAGAUACGAAGAGAUAAAGAUCGACGAGAAUAUUGAUUUUCGGGGACAAGAAUUACAAGUUUGCAGUUGUUACAAUCCUCCCAUGACUUACUUGAACCGUACAAUUCGGAAAACGAUCAAUGGUUUCGAAGCUGAAGUGUACGCAAUGGACAAUGAUUCGGACUGGGACGGUAUCGAGAUGAGAUUGUUCUUAAUAAUGGCGGAAAAAUUAAAUUUUACGUGGACCAUAAGGAAACCAGACGGAAAUUACACAUACGGGAAACGUUUCAACGAAACACAUUGGCUCGGUGGUAUCAUACAAAUGUUGGUCGAUCGAAAGGUGGAUAUCGCGUUUGCUAGCAUUUGGGUGACAUUGGACCAGAAUGAAUUCGUUACAUUGUCGGUACCUUGGUACGAUGUAUAUCUCCAUUUCUUGGUGCCGCGUCCACGUCGGACCACAAGUUUUUGGGCGUUGAAAAAACCGUUUUCCAAGAAAAUUUGGUGCUUGCUUCUGUCCGCGUUGCUCCUACACAGCCUUUACACUUGCGCUCGUUCGUGGAUCGACUCUAAAUUUCCAAAACGAUAUCGAAAUUUUCUAAUUACUUUUACCGAUUUAAUUGGAUAUUUGUUGAGCAGCUCGGUGCCAAAGACCAAAGUUGUACCAAACAGAGUGGAGAUACUUCUCUGGCAGACCGUAGGAUGGUUAAUAAUUGCUGCAUAUUGCAGUAGUCUCGCUGCUAGACUUGCAACUUGGGAAUACGAAAGGAGGGUGGACAAUUUCAAGCAAUUCAUCGAGGCGAAUUUAUCAUGGGGGAAAUCAGGUCAACCGCCACCGUUUAGCGAUUACUUUGAUCUUAGCGAUCCGCAUUCGGCUCAAUUGCAAAACAGAUACUAUCAGAUCGAGAAUAAUACGCAAUUAGAGGAAUUCAUAAUGCAAGGUAAUUAUGCGAUUUUGGGCAAAAUAAUCGAAACGUGUUUCGUUCCGACCGAUUAUAUAUCGACCGAAAGUCUCAAGAAUUACAGAUUGAUGAGAGAAUCGUUGGGACACUUUUACGCAGCUUUCGCGAUUCAACCACGUCUACUGAAGCCUAUAAAUAAAAUGAUUCUAUGGUUGAAGGAGACCGGUAUUGUUAUUUGGCAUUUACGCGAUGUCAUACGAAGGCGAGGCAAUUAUAAUUUUCGCGAGGUUUUCAUUGAACGUGAUGGAUAUGACGGAAGCGUACAAGUUCUUGGAUUGAUGCCGCUUGGCGCUGGAUUUUCACUCUUACUCGUCGGAUUUUUAAUAUCUACGUUAGUAUUCUGUUUAGAAUUGAAACAUGUCAGUGGAAAAAUAUCUAUACGUUCCUCGAGAUAAAAAAUAUGAUUCAUAGAGAUAAAUAUACAUGUUGAGAUAAAUAUACAUAAGGUAUAUUGUAUAAGCUAAUUGAUUUCAAGGUCGUUUCACUUCGAUUAAUUUAACAAGAGAAGUGAAAAAAUAAUAGAUAUCUGUAAUACAUAUCUAUUAUACAUAUCGAUUCUCUACGAUCUCGCUUUAUUUUUUCCAAUAAUUAAUUACUUAUGUAUUUUUUUCAAUUAAUAAAUGAAUAGCAUUAAUUUUAAUUAGCAUUAUUUAGUAAUAAUUUCAUUGUACAAAGCUACGGUUGAAAAAUAAUAUACACAUAUUUACAUCACGUGUAAAUGUAAGAUAAAGAUUACGUGUCAUUGAAA